GUUUUGUAAACAAAUUUUAUUAUUAUUGUGCUAAAAUGGGACUAAAAUUAGGAAAAGUUAAAUAACUAAAGAGUUUAAAUCACAAGUGACUAAGGAAAAAUAAAAUCUCGUGAAUUGAAUUGAAAUAUGCCUGAAGAAACCACAAAAGAUAAGGGUGAUAAAUUAGAAGUUCUUAAUAAUAUUAAGACUCGUUCUUCAGAUUUAACAAUCAAAAGCGAUGAAACAGCAUCCGAUAAAUCAAAUACAACCAUCGCCAAGGAAAAGGAUACAAAAGUAUGUUGUAGUAACAAUAACAACAAUAAUGCAUUGAAGAUAAAGGGAAUUGAUAAAUCAUCAGAGCCACUACUUGGAUCAACUUUUCUACCCAAUAGUACCGCGGAAAAUGGACAUACAUUACGAGCAAGUGCUCGGGUUAUCCAUAAGCUGCGAAUGGAUUCCGCAACUCCAAACAGUCCACCUGUGUCGGUCCUUGACAACAAAAAAGAAGAUGAAUCAUCUGGGAAAAAGAAGGAAGAACAUAGAGUAAACCCUAAGACGCCAAGUCAGCCAAAAACUGCUUUUCGCAUGACCUGGAAUAAUGAAGAGAAAGAUAUGUUUUUUGAUGCGUUGAACGAGUAUGGAAGAGACUUUGAGGCUAUCUCAACAUAUAUUAACAACAAACAGAAGCGAAAGAAUCCGACUGAUCCUUUUUAUAAAACUAAAGAUCAGGUGCGAGUAUUGUAUUAUCAGUUUUAUCAAAAAGUCUCCAAAUAUUUGAAGUUUUCUGACGAGGUUAAAAAGGUACCCCAAGAGUUGUAUGCACUGAUCAAUUAUGGGGAAAUGCGUAAAAAACUAAUUUUUAUAAAUGAAAAGAGCUUUCUUAAAUUAAGAGAAUUGGUUUACAAGGGAUCAGUCACGAUUCGAACUAAAGGAAAGAAUAUAAAAAUUAAGACGCCAUCAUGCCGUGCCUUGCGUAAAUUGAACCAACUAGAGGAAUGGCAAGAAGAAAUUAAACUUCCUCACCGUAUCGACGUUAUUCUACGACCAGCUAAUGUGGAUGCAUGGGGAAAAGUCCAAAGUUUGGCACACAAUCCGAGAAUUAGAACGCAAGUUCCUCUUCAACGCAGAGUAUCGUCAUUAUUGCAAACCUUACAACAUCGUUGGAGAUCUCAAGACUUACGCUUACAGGAAAAAAUUAUGUCGUUAGAGAAAAGUACCACAGCACUUCCGUCAAAAAGUAAAUCAGUGAAAGCACAAACAUUUGAGAGCGAAUUCAAAAAGCAAGCUUGUGAACCUCUUCUGUGUUUCGCGCCGCCCCCCGAACAACCAAUUCAUAGACCUGUCGUACAUUUGUCUGAGUUCCUGAGCAGUGAUAGCAUUUGCUUGAAUUCAUAUGAGCAACGCAUUGGCGUCAGCAUAAAAGGAGAAUCUCUUUGUUCAAAUGCCGGAAAACGAGUGCGACAAGACAGUGGCAGUGGAGAUAAGGUUCCCGUGACGCAACAAAUUUCUAACAAAAGUCCUGAACAAAAACGACAGAAAUUGGAGAUUGAUGUCAAGCCAUUGAUAGAAAAUGUCAACAAUGAUACGAACGAAGAACAAGAUGAAAAGCCAUCAAUCGUUUCCAGCAGCAAUGACCUACUUCUGUCACCAAACUCAUCAUCACGAGAUUCUAACGAACAAAACACAGUGCUUCCAAUAAUUGACUCGAAUCUAGACCUGAUGGACUUCCGAAGCAAUGAUUCAACAGAUUAUAAUCACCCAAAAUUAUAUGCAUGGAAUGACUUAAUCGAACAAGCUACUUUGAGUGAGAGCGAAAUGAAAACAGACGACUCGAAUGACGGACGUAUGCAUAACUCUGUUAAAAAAGAUAUUAAAAUAGAUGUUAAUAUGGAAACAGCAUGUGAUAAUGGUCAAACUGAAAAGAAAUUUGAAAUUGUUAAAGUUAAAAAAGUAAAAAAUAGAAAAAAAGAUGUGAGAAAAGAGGCGACUCAUUUUCGUCCUUUGAUAAGUCAAAAGGUUUUACAAGAAAUUAGAGAUGGUUGGACGACAAAAAAUGCAGGAGAUCUUACUUUUGGAGAUUUAUACGUAAUGUUUGGAGAGUCUUCUAAGCUUUAUCUCGAAUAUUCGUGGGUACAAGUAAAGGAGAUUGAAAUUGAUUCAGCCGCAUCUAAUGACCUUAAGUCAGAAGUUCAAACUGAGAUAAAACACAAAGUUGCCAAUAAUGAAUGUAUCAGUGUCAAAUUGAGACAACUUUUGAUGGUGGCUCAGUUGCAAGACAAAACAAAACGUCGCGGUACAUGUGUGUGUGGUCAUGUAUGUGAUCAUCGAAAAUUGAAUAAGACUAAUAAUGAUUUAGUACUGUCACCACAAAACAACGAGAGCUUAUUUAAGCACCCAAAUGUUCCAAAUCGACGUACGCAGAUGUUCAAUACCAUAUCCGAUGGCAAUCGAAUGCGCUUAUCAAAGCUCUAUCGACCACGGAUGCGACCUAUGUUCACCGGCAAACAGGUCAUAGUUCAGAGACUCUUACCAGUGCAACCAGGAGCUAAUCACAGUUACGGCGUUGUCACAAAUAGCGAAAGCUCUCCAAUUGCGUCUACAAGUAAACAAAAUAGUAGUGCAAUCGCUCCUGAAGAAACCCCUAAUAAUGCAUGCACAGUUACAAUACAAACGAUAGAUGGAGAAAUCAGUCAACUGCUGACGGCUAAAAUGAAUCAAUUGAGUGAAACUAAAACUCCGGCUGAACUUUGUAAUACAGAUAGUUUCAAAAGUUUAAUGGAACUGUCGCUGUCCGAUGUCACGAAUGUUGCUGGAGCGAAAGAUUUAUCGGACGACGAUCAAGAAUAUGUGUACCCAAGUACGCCUCUUAUGAGCCCAAUGCGAAUCUUACAUGAAUCACCGAUCGACGGAUAUAACGUGGAAGACGUUUCGCUGAGCAGCAUAUUGGGUCAUUUGGAGAAUGCUUGUAAUCCUGAACCAGAAACCGAGCAGUCUGACAAUGUUUCACUUAUUACGGAACCAAGCAUAGAUUACAUUGCGCGCUUCGAAGAUAUGACAGCCGAAUUGCAAAAUAACUGACUUUCUUAUAAAUGUUUUUAUGUGUGUGACUUUACAAAUUUAAAAAAAAACUAAAACUAAAAAGUAAUUAA